CCGCUGGUAAUAGUAUCAUAAUUUCUCCUCAAACUCCACACCCAAAACUUUCCCUUUACCAAUCUCUCUCUCUACUUUACCUUCUUCUAUACAAUUCUGUACAGUUUCUCUCUCUCUCUCUCACACACACUCGGCCACACGUAUAUAAUUUUCUCUUUCAACAUAUAGAUACAGUUACAGUGUUCUGAAAAUAAGGAGGCAAAAUAACUUAGACAGAGCGGGGGGGAGAGGGAGAGAUGGGCGGGGUGACGUCAUCGAUGGCGGCGAAGUUGGCGUUUUUUCCGCCGACUCCGGCGAGCUACAAGGUGGUUACCGACGACGCCACGGGGCUGCUGCUGCUGCAGCCGUUCCCGCACCGCGAGAACGUCGACGUUUUGAAGCUCCCGACGCGGCGGGGCACGGAAAUCGUCGCCGUGUACGUGAGGUACCCCAUGGCGAGUUCCACGUUGCUGUACUCGCACGGCAACGCGGCGGACAUCGGCCAGAUGUACGAGCUGUUUAUCGAGCUCAGCAUUCACCUCAGGGUUAAUCUCUUAGGGUACGACUAUUCAGGUUAUGGCCAAUCAACCGGAAAGCCAAGUGAGCACAAUACUUACGCGGAUAUCGAAGCUGCAUACAAGUGUCUUGAAGAGAGCUAUGGAGCUAAGCAAGAAGACAUAAUCCUAUACGGUCAAUCUGUUGGCAGUGGUCCUACUGUCGAUCUUGCAGCUCGUUUGCCUCGUCUAAAGGCAGUUGUUUUGCAUAGCCCUAUUUUAUCGGGAUUAAGGGUUAUGUACCCUGUGAAGAGGACAUAUUGGUUUGACAUUUAUAAGAACAUUGACAAAAUCCCGUUGGUGAAGUGCCCUGUUCUAGUUAUUCAUGGCACUUCGGAUGAUGUUGUUGAUUACUCCCACGGAAAACAGCUUUACGAGCUCUGUCAAGAGAAAUACGAGCCCUUGUGGAUAAAAGGUGGAAACCACUGCGAUUUGGAACUUUAUCCGGAGUAUAUCAAGCACCUAAAGAAGUAUGUAUCCACCGUAGAGAAACCUCCCUCACAAAGGAACAUGUCGAGGAGGAGCGUCGAGCGUCCCGAACAUUCUAGAAGGAGCACCGAUUUUAUCGAAGCUCCGAGAAAGAGCACAGACAGGAGAGAGAAACCUAGACGGAGCACCGAUAGGCCGGAGAAACUAAAAACGUUCGACUACAAGUUUCAUAACGACGACAAGCUUUCAAAAUUGAGAGCCUCGUUCGAUCAAAUGGAAAGAUCUAGAAGGAGCGUCGAGUACCACGAGAAAUCAAGAAUGAGUGUCGACGUGCAGUUUGAGAAAGGGAGGAAGAGUGUGGAUUGGCUUGAGAGGGUAAGAGCUGCAUGAACAAGGCAAUAAAAGCAAUAGGAUUGGUUUAAGUUAUGGUGAUUGGUUUGUGUAAACUUUUGGCUAUUGAAAUUUCGGUUGGUAUAUUUUCCUUUUUUUUUUUUUUUUUUUUUUUUUUUUUUGUUGUUGUUGAUUUUAUUAGAAAAUGAAAUGUGGGGGUAUAGUUGGAUAUAUAAUUUGGCUGUUAUUUGGAAAGUGUGGCUGGUUUUCUAUGA